CUAAGUCGUCAUCCGUGUCCGAAUCUGGGUUGAAGCUGGUUCAGCGACAGCCACGCUGGCCCCGCGGUAACCUCUCCUUCGUCUGUCAUCUGCCCACGCCGCGCUGAAGCUGGUUCAGCGACAGCCACGCUGGCCACGUGCUGUGUUGCCGAUCGCUGUCUAUGGACUCAAGCGUCGUGUCACUCGCUGGAAAGCGCUCCGUGCACUUUUGAACUCGGCCUCCUGUCUCCCACGCACUUCGCCCGCUUGCCUAAGCACAGAGCAUUGCACAACACACACACACACACAAACACACACACACACACACACACACCCAGAGAGAGAGAGAGAGAGAGAGAGAGAGAGAGAGAGAGAGAGAGAGAGAGAGAGAGAGAGAGAGAGAGAUUCGUCGACGGGACAACAGAAGUGGUUGACGAAAGGGGGAGGGGAUUCUUCUUGUGCGUCGGCCAUUCCGCAGACUCGCCGUGGCCGGUGACGGGUUUGUGGACUUGCGGAGCACAGCAGCAGAAGAGGCAACAUGCAAAGUGUUAUUGUGUCUGCACAGGUACCGGCCACUCAGUUGCACACCCUUAUUCCAGCUCAAGAGUGGAGUAGCAAAGACAGCUUUGGCGGAGGUCUGUUGUGGCAUCAGUCCUCUGCAAAGGUUUACCGAAACUCAGAUCAAGGUGGAGUAGCACGGGCUUCUGCUUGGCGGUUGGAGACCUUGAGUGUCAAAGCAUUGAGCUCGACGGGUGCAGACAGGGCUGAAGCAUGGAUUUCACGAAGGAACGUUUUGACCGCCGGGACAGCAAUUGUUGCAACAGUCUCCUCAUUGGUGGCAGGUCCUGCUCAGGCAAUAGGUUUACCAAAGGGCUUCUCAGCAGUGGAGGAUACCAGGGAUGGAUAUAGGUUCUUGUACCCCUUUGGAUGGCAGGAAGUGUCAGUGAAAGGCCAGGAUAUUGUCUUUAAGGAUGUCAUAGAACCAUUGGAGAGUGUUAGCGUCAACAUCACUACGACUGACAAAAAGAGCCUUGCUGAGUUUGGCACAGCAGAUGAGGUCGCUAAAGCAUUUGUGGAAAAAGUUCUCACGUCCCCAUCUCAAAAACCAGAGCUUGUGGCAGUAAAGGAGCGAGAGACGCAAGGGAAAAAGUUCUACACGUUUGAGUUCGUAUCACGUGCACCGACGUACACCCGACAUGCUCUAAGCACCGUUGGGGUUCAGAACGGGAAGUUCUACACUAUCACAACAGGGGCGAACGAGCGACGCUGGGCGAAGAUGGAACCAAAGCUGAGAACAACUGUCGACUCUUUCUACUUCAUAUAUUGAUACUUCAUAAUAGUUCAUAUAUUGAUAAUUAGUGACGACAAAGAGCAAAGUGCCCUUGCAUGCCAAUGUUGGUUGGUUGCUCGUCGCGUUGCUAGAGAAUUUACUUUUCUUUUUGCAGUCUGGGCAAACAAUAAAUAGUACAUUCUGUCAAAGACAGCAAGGCAAUAAGAUUUUUCCAGCUCCUGGAUGAAGCGCUUUCGGUGGAAUCCAAGCAAAAGGGGAAAAACAUCAGCUUAGCUUUUUUGACUGGAUCUCUAUUGCACAGAUUGAGAUGUCCGGUAGGCUUGGGAUCUAGUGCUCCUGUCUGCCAUGAUACUUCCUCUGUCAGUUGUUGAUCGGAAGCAAGAACGGAAAAAAAAAGGUAACUCCCACUCCUUGAGAGCAAGAUAUUGGUCAUAAGAGCAAGAUCUUGCUCAUCACCUGCUGAGUUUUAUGAAUGGAAUUUUAUUUUCCUGUCUUGAAACGCAUAGACAUGAUGAAUUUUUGGAGGGGUGUGUCGUCGGUGGCCACACUCGCUGGCAAGCCAUGUCUGUGCAGUUGAAGGGCUGCCUGUGUUCCUAGUGUUAUGUUAACUGGGUUGUCAAAUUCGUUCUGGUUCACUUUGCUCCUCUCUUCUUGCUUUGCCGCCGUGCAAUUUUAUCAAUCGAGAAGCCUAAGUUUCCCGUCUGCGGGGGUCAUUUUCUGAAAUUUUUCUUACUAUAUCCACCACUUCCUAGAUUUGGCAGGGGUAGACCGAUUGAGGACGUCUGGCUGAACCAGGAUUCUAGACCCAAGGAAAAGACAGGACCCAUCUUGCUCAGUACUCUCUUUCCACUCAAGACCAUACUGAGUAGGGGAGGGCGGGGAUGUCUUCCAUGAUAGGAUGUCAUCAAUGGAUCGGUAUGUGAAUGCAUAUGCUUGUGCAGUGCGUCGUCGACGAACUGUGCUUCGUCCCAGUAGAGAGUGGGGUUGGCAAUUUCUGGUUGGCCGCUAGUGCCGAUAGGGAUAACGAUCACCUGAUGGAGCAGAGUGCCAUCCGUUGUAUAAAAGUAUGUAUUAGAGACCACAAACCGUAAAUGUUGUUCAAUUUCUGAUACUGAAAGGGUCUCGGAGCCAUGCGAAGUAACCCACUCCCCGCGAUGAGGACAUCCUACAGUCAUGUACAUUUGUAUUGGCCUUCUGCCCUGCAGGAUCUGCACCAAAGCAUAAUUAUUUGUGUCAUGAACAGCAUUGAGGACAUUGUUAAGAAUCUUGUCAUGUGGGAGGUUUGUAUACAUUGUCGUAAAAUCCGUUGUGUGGCGUACAGCCUCGAAGGGAAUAUGCAUUCUCCUUGCAAUCCGGAAUGACUUCCUCAACACUUUGCACGAUCAAGCGACGUCAUACAAAACUUUCUUGAUAAAGUUCAUUGUCCUUACUGCGCAGAGACUUGAUAAUACCUUGGACAGCAAAGCUAAGCGAACGAGAGGCAAUUGCUGUACUUGCAGAGGCUUAUGAGGGGGCCUGUUAUGCAGGUCUGAGACUGAAGGUCGAUGAGGUGCUGAGCAAGGUGCAGAUCGGGAAAGGUUGUUUCACCGAACUCCAAGAAUUGGACAUGAAGCAGGUGGGGAUUGUGUGCUUUGAGUGCCAAGUAGAGAUAAGGAAGAGUGUCACUAUGCCGAUAGCCCCAGCGUUGAUUGAAAAGUGCAUGGCGUCGAGGAUGCUAGCUACAGACAAGAUGUUGUGAUAACUUAUAUGUGUACCACCGUUUGCAGCAGAUUGCCAUGUUGUGCGAUGUUUUAUCGACAGGUACGAUGGUGAAUUACUAUUGUAGCCGCUGAAGAGAUGUGUCGACUGCUCGUAAAGCAGCCUGAGUAGGUGCUCGGAACGACGACCUUUUUUUUUUUUUUUUAAAGCCCUUGGACAAGCCAACUAUCCCAAUGGUGGUGAAAGAACCAUCAGGAUUGGAGGCUUGGGUGGCGGGCUGCUCCAUCUAUUGGUGGGAAACCGGGUCCAGCGUCAACCCAGCUGGAAAACGGGUCAAG